AUGGCGGCUAAGAACCCUGAUUCCCUCAUCGGCCAGGGGCCCUUCCACGCUCGCGUCAACCCAGCUCACCCUGCAGUAAACAAGUGGCACAAGCCAGGUAAUGAGCAGGGCAACGAUGCCGCACCAGAGUACCACGCCGAGACCUUCCCACCAGGAACUGCACCCGCCGAGAAUACGUUCUACCCGAACUCCGAGAGCAACUAUACAACUGAGGCCUUAAACAUGCCUGCUCUAGACAUGCCGGGCUUAACAUCAAAAGACAUAUACAAUUCCAUUGACACUGUUCACGGCAGACCACUGAUCGGUCAAGAGAACCGUGAAAUCAGAGGAGUCCAUCCGAGAAAGAGAAAGAAGGAGCGCAGUGGUCUGGAGGGCGUCGGUACCAGCACAGCAUACUCUGUGUUUGACAAGGUUAGGGACACGGUUGCUGAUAAGCCCAAUGUCGAAAAGGGCCAGAGGGGAUAUUCCGGGAGACGAGAGGGCGGGUUGGCUGCUGAUGGAGCGGAGUCUCUGCCGCCUGUCAAGGCAGAUGAACGGGCUGUCCGAGAAGGUCCUCAUAAGACCACCGCUUGA